GUUUCGUGUUCAUUCGUGCCACCUUCCUGCUUACCCAUAUAAGCCGGUCUCAGCCACUUUUCGUCCCUUCCACUGCCAUUUGACGCUAAACCUUUUGAGUUUUCACUCUUUCACCAGUACUAUUCUCAAAAGAUCCGUCUACCAAUGUACAAGAUACUGCUUCAUACUGACUUGCAGUGGUCCGCACCAAACGGGACCGGGAAUCAAAUAGGACAAAUUGAAAGGUCGUACAAGGAACUAUCUGACGAUGAUAAGAAAAAAUACGAUGCGCUGGUCGAAGCUGCUUUCAAAGAAAAAUAUCUGAAUCCAAAAAGUACAAAGUCGAGCAAGCAGGACUAGGAUCCCAACAACAUGCUUGCCAUGCAUGUCAGAGUGAUGCUCAUGGGCUGGCAGCCAAUUAAGUUUUGCCAACAGCAUUCCAACUUAUUUACUUUCACACUAGUCGCGAAUAUCAUGUACAGGCUCUCAAAAUAGAAUGUCUUCUACGAAUUUUUAGGAAUCAAUGUUCUACCAUCCCCAUAGAGGGGUAUUGUAAUCAGCAGUAAAUUAUAUAUCACUUAUAAAGUCAUUUGGAGCUCAUGCCCGUCCGCAACAAUAUA